UGCAGCUUGAAAGUUUCUCAACAGAAAAUUUGUUUUGGGCGGUGGCGUUUUGUCCACUUUUAUUAUUAAAUGCAAUCAAUCUAAAUAAGAACAAAUUAUUUUCAAUUAUACAGUGAAUCUCCUUUAAUUCAUCAAUGGCCACCCAUUGCCUGUUAACGCAUUUGUUUCUUUUCACCUUAUUUGUUCACUCGGGUUUUUCAAUAAAAUGCCACCAGUGUUCUUCUAGCCAAGAUCCAAAGGGGCAGGAUAACUGUGGUGCCUACAAAUUAUUUGACACACGAAAGAGUAUACCCGUAGACUGCAACAGUGAUGAAUCUGUGACACCUGGAACAUUUUGUGUCAAAAUCACUCAGCAAGGCCCCAGAAGUUUUGUGUGGGAUGGGCGUUGGAGGCAGGUGAUCCGUCGCUGUGCAUCUGUGGCUGACACAGGCGUGACAGGUGUUUGCAAUUGGGGAGUGAAAGAAAAUGGUGUUUAUUGGGAGGAAUGCUAUUGCGCUCAAGAUGGUUGCAAUGGAGGCAGUCAGAUCUCUAUAGCCCUUUCCUCAAUGCUUGUUCCCAUCAUCAUUUCCAUAUUCACAAAACAUUAUGCAUGGUAGUAUCAUUCCAGGCAUAUUUUCUCACUUUAUGGGAAUUAUUUUUCCAUCAUAAAGUUUCAAACAGUGCCUUUUUAGUCUGAUCUGGUAGGUUGUUACCUGUCAAGACACCGUUUUUAAAGUACAGCCACUUUUAGUGUUACGGUAUCAACACUUACAUCCGUCCAGCGAGAAAAGAUGUGUAACAUUCCGUCCCUUUUUUUUUUUUUGUUUCUCCUGACAGAAAGCGAGGAAAAGUCGCUUCUUCUGGAAAAUAACUACACGAUCUUUUUUCUCUGUCUUUUUACUGGAUACUGCAGGUUUCUAUGUUUAUAUAACGACAUGAUCUUGAAAA